GAGUUUGCAAAUGGCAAAAAUGGACAGGAGUACCCACUAAUCAAAUCCUUGUACUCCCCCCACCCCCCUCAAGUUUGCUAUAUAACCCAUGCUACAUCUCUAUAACUCCUUUUUCAGUUCAUCUAUACUUCAUAAAUCUCAUCACACAAAAAAGCUAGUGCAGAGUUUUCAUCUUUACAGGGACUCAAUGCUGUGUGACGUUGAAGCUUGCUUAUUUGUGUGGGUUCCCGUGAAAGAAAUAAAAGAAAGUGGAGAACACCCUGGAAGUAUUGUCAUCAAGCAUUUCUUUAACGAGCUCACAUUUAUUUGCGCUACCGAAGAUUAUGGGUACUUUCUCAAAGUAAUGAAAGUGAAGAGCGUAGGCAAUGGAAAGUUGUCAAAAUACUCAACACACCUCAUGUUCCCUGUAACUUUCUUCUGUCGCACCUUCUUACCUAAAACCGGGGAAGUCUUGGUUGGGAUUGUCAUCAAAGUUUGCAUGCAAGGAGUCUUUCUGAAAUGUGGACCUAUGAACUCUAUCUAUCUCGGUCGUCGCAAGAUGCCAAAUUACAACUAUGUUCCAGGUGAAAACCCUUUCUUCUUAUCAGAUGAUCAGUCGAGGAUUGAGAACGAAGUGGCUGUCCGAUUUGUUGUGUUCGCUGAGAGAUGGAGUACAACCAAUGUGAGGAAAUUUGACCUUCUUGCAAGCAUUGAAGGUGAUUCCCUUGGGCCAGUUUCACUGAAUGGAUUUGAUGGACUAGAGCUGUAAAAUUCUUAAUAGGAAAGGAAAAGGAAAGUGCAUUUUAGAGUAUAGUUUCUCUUGCCAGAUCAAAAAUAGGAAAGAAAGAGCAUAUGUUGGUUUACUUAUAGGAUGUGAAAUGUGUUAUCAGUGAAAUUAUUACUGUAAAUGGUUCUGUUAAAAGUUUUUGUUGAUAGAGUGUUUGGAGAAGUGAAAAUGGCUGAGGUACAAAUUUAGAAACUUUACAGUUGGUGCUGGAGUUGAAAUAGUGAAAAAUUCUGAACCUUUGAACUGUAUUUUGUUUGUGUUGUGUUUUUAUCAGUAGUUCAGAUUUCGUUUUA